UCCCAGAAAAAUUUACCUAAGAUUAUUUUCUCAAAAGUAAUCAGAGAUCAAACAGCGGUGUCAUUAGGUUGUCUUCUUUAAUUCUCUUUCUUUUUUGAUCUAUGCAAUUUUAAGGAUUUUGAUUGCAAAUUAGUAAUGUCAAAAUAAAUUAUGAGAUCUAUUCCUUUUCCAUUACCACCCCCUCUCCUUCCAGUAGUGGAUGCAUGGUCCUUAAAUCUAAAUUGGCUCAAUCAUUUUAUUUCAAUUUAUUAGACUUUUGAAAUUGGGUCCACAAUUUGUUAAUAAACUUUAAUAAUUUUUCACAUGUACCGCAAAAAUAUUUGGCAUAUGUUUAUUUAGAUUUCUGAGAUUUUCACAAUUCAAACUUUGCAUAAAAGUAUUGAUUAAUUUUUUGAUUAUGUAUCUUGUGGUCCAGGGUGCCAAGAUGGUGGCACAGGGAUUCACAGUGGAUUUAAACAAGCCACUCGUUUUCCAGGUGGGCCAUCUUGGAGAUUCAUAUGAGGAGUGGGUUCAUCAGCCAAUUAUUAGCAGAGAAAGUCCAAGAUUUUUUGAAAAUAUUUUUUUAGAAUUUUUUACUCGAACGGCAUGGUGGGCAAUUCCUUCAGUGUGGAUACCAGUAGUAGGGUGGUUGGUUUGGACAUCAUUGAAGAGAGGUGCUGGUGGCGGUGAACUAUUUCUUACACUAGUUGGUGGCAUAUUUUUAUGGACAUUCUUGGAGUACUCUUUACAUCGUUUUGUUUUUCACAUGAAGCCUAGUGGAUAUUGGGGAAAUACACUUCAUUAUCUUAUUCAUGGUUGUCACCACAAGCAUCCUAUGGAUGGACUAAGGCUCGUCUUUCCCCCUGCUGGAACUGCUAUUCUCCUACUCCCACUGUGGAGUGUAGUUAAACUGUUACUACCUUUCACAUAUGCCCCUGCCUUUCUUGGAGGAGGUUUGUUGGGUUACAUCAUCUAUGACUGCACCCAUUACUACUUGCAUCAUGGAAAGCCAUUCAAAGGACUUUCACACUCACUCAAGAGGUUUCAUAUGGACCAUCAUUUCAAACUUCAAGAUAAGGGAUAUGGAAUCACUUCAAACUUAUGGGACAACAUCUUUGGGACACUACCUCCUAAACCAACCAACAAAAUUGGAUGAAAAUUAAUUAAUAUUUCUUAUUCUUAUAAGCUGAAAAGGGGGAAUUAAACA